AUGACUCUACAAGGCCACUACACAGCCCGCCGCUUCCCAGAGCGAGCAAUGAUCCACCUCAUCAUAGAAUGCUCAGGCGAGUCCGAAGAAACCACCACUCACGAAGUCUCCAUAACCUGCACCACCCUCCAAGAAAUCCUGGAAGCCCUAUGUCCCCGAGAAGAAGACAGAACCGUAAAACCCUCAGCCGCAGUAUCAAAAAUAUCCGCCAGCCACAUCCACGCAUCCAAGGACACAACAGGAAAUGUCAGCGACAGACCGCGCGUGCACACCGCCAUCGUCACCUUCUACGCUAUAUUCUGUGACUUCAACGAGCUGCAAAAAUUCGCCUACAAGCUGGAUACUUACGACAAUGCGAGACUGAGUAAUGUUAGCUGGUACCUCACUGAUGCUACUACUCAUGAUAUCGGGGCGGAGUCGCGGAAGGGGGCCUUGCGGGAUGCUGUUAUGAAGGCGAAGGAGUAUGCGGAAGUUAUUGAUUUGAAAGAGAUUGAGGUUGAACCGGUGGAACUUAAGGAGAUUGAAUAUGAGCCUUUGAAUUCUGAGGCGUUUUCGCAGAGGCCGAUUUAUCGGCACUCCAGUGGAGUCGAUUUGACGCCGAAGGAUAUCGUGAUUAGUUGUGCUGUGGAGGUUUAUUUUGAACUUGCACGUAGGGGUUCUAUGUGGUAUGAAUGA